CCCGAGCCCGAGCCCGGGAGCGCCGAGCCCGGCUGGGGACCCCUCCUACCCAUGGAGCAGGUGUCCACCAUGGCCGAGCCCCGGGGCCCUGUAGACCAUGGAGUCCAGAUUCGCUUCAUCACGGAGCCAGUGUGUGAUGCAGAGAUGGGCACCCUACGUCGUGGUGGACGACGCCCAGCUAAGGAUGCAAGAGCCAAUACCUACGGGGUUGCCGUGCGUGUGCAGGGCAUCGCUGGGCAGCCCUUUGUGGUGCUCAACAGUGGAGAGAAAGGCAGCGACUCCUUUGGAGUCCAGAUCAAGGGGGCCAACAACCGAGGGGCCCCAGGAGCUCUGAGCUCUGACUCGGAACUUCCCGAGAGCCCCUACUCUCAGGCCAAGGAGUUUCCUGCCCCCUCGCAGGGAAGCACAUCUGAUGAGGAGCCCGGGGCCCACUGGAAUGGAAGGCUACUGCGCUCCCAGUCCCAGGCCUCACUGGCAGGCCCUGCCCCUAUGGGUCCAAGCAACAGGAGCACCAGCCUGCUGGAGCUAACCCCCCAGGGAGCUUACCCGGGCAGCACCAUUGACACUGCCCCCCUGUCUUCGGUGGACUCCCUCAUCAACAAGUUUGACAGUCACCAUGGGGGCCAGGCCCGGGGCCGGACUGGCCGCCGCACGCGGAUGCUGCCCCCUGAACAGCGCAAGCGGAGCCAGAGCCUGGACAACCGGCUCCCACGGGACACCGUUGAGGAACGGGAGCGCUGGUCCCCCAACCACUGGACCCCUAGCACAAAGCAUGACCAGCACACGGGCAGCUUGAAACAGUCAGCCCAGAGCUGUCUUGGUGGUUUUAGCCGUUCCCGUCAGACCCAGGACUGGGUCCUUCAGGGUUUUGAGGAGCUACGGGGGAGAGCACAGGACCCUCCCAUGCUACAGUUCAAAUCAACCCCAGACCUUCUCCGAGACCAGCAGGAGGCAGUCCCACCAGGCAGUGUGGACCACGUGAAGGCCACCAUCUACGGCGUCCUGAGAGAGGGAAGCUCAGAAAGUGAAACCUCUGUGAGGAGGAAGGUCAGUUUGGUGCUGGAGCAGAUGCAGCCUCUGGUGAUGGCUUCUUCUGGUUCCACGAAGGCAGGGCAGGGUGAACUCACCCAAAAAGUGGAGGAGCUACAGAAAAAGCUGGAUGAAGAAGUGAAGAAACGGCAGAAACUAGAGCCAUCCCGUGUUGUGCUGGAGCGGCAGCUGGUGGAGAAGGCAGAAGAGUGCAGCCAACUGCAGGAGCUGCUGGAGAGGAGGAAUGGGGAAGCCCAGCAGAACACCAAGGAGCUCCAGAACAUGAAGCUCCUCCUGGACCAGGGUGAAAGGGUACGGCAUGGGCUGGAGACGCAGGUGAUGGAGCUGCAGGACAAGCUGAAACAGGCCCAGUGUCCUGAGCCUGCUAAAGAGGUGCUAAUAAAGGACCUGGUAGAGACCCGGGAGCUUCUGGAAGAGGUCUUAGAGGGGAAGCAGCGGGUAGAGGAGCAUCUGAGGCUGCGGGAGCGGGAGCUGACAGCACUGAAGGGUGCCCUGAAGGAGGAGGUGGCCUCCCGUGACCAGGAGGUAGAGCAUGUGCGGCAGCAGUACCAGCGGGACGCAGAGCAGCUUCGCCGGAGCAUGCAGGAUGCAGCCCAGGAUUAUGCAGCAUUGGAGGCCGAGAGGCAGAAGAUGUCAGCCCUCGUGCGGGAGCUGCAGAGGGAAUUGGAGGAGACCUCAGAGGAGACAGGGCAUUGGCAGAGCAUGUUUCAGAAGAACAAGGAGGAGCUUAGAGCCACCAAGCAAGAACUCCUGCAGCUGCGGAUGGAGAAGGAAGAGAUGGAAGAGGAACUUGGGGAGAAGAUAGAGGUCUUGCAGAGGGAAUUAGGGCAGGCCCAGGCUGGUGCUGGAGAUAUUCGCCAGGUGGAGGAGCUCAAGAAGGAGCUGCGCCAGACACAGGACGAACUUAAGGAGGUGCAAGCAGAGCAGCAGAGGCAGGAGGUGACUAGGCGACACCGGGAGCGGGAGUUGGAGAAGCAGCUGAGGGUAGAGGCUGAACGAGGCCGGGGGCUGGAACAGCAGAACCUCCAGCUACAAAAGACCCUCCAGCAACUGAGACAAGACUGUGAAGAGGCUUCCAAGGCAAGGGGAGCUCAGAUGGCAGCAGAGGCAGAAGUGGCAGUGCUGGGGCAGCGUCGGACAGCAGUGGAAACGACGCUUCGGGAGACCCAGGAGGAAAAUGAUGAAUUCCGACGGCGCAUCCUGGGUCUGGAGCAGCAGCUGAAGGAGGCACGAGGCUUGGCGGAGGGUGGGGAAGUGGCGGAGGCUCAGCUUCGGGACAAAGUGCAGCGGUUAGAGGCAGAGAAACAGCGGCUAGAGGAGGCCCUGAACACAGCUCAGGAAGAGGAGGGGAGCCUGGCAGCAGCCAAGCGGGCACUGGAGGCACGGCUGGAAGAGGCCCAGCGGGGGCUGGCCCGCCUGGGACAGGAGCAGCAGGCUCUGAACCGGGCCCUGGAGGAGGAGGGGAAGCAGCGGGAGGCGCUCCGGCGCAGCAAGGCUGAGCUGCAGGAGCAGAAGCGCUUGCUGGACAGAACUGUGGACCGGCUGAACAAGGAGCUGGAGCAGAUUGGGCAUGACUCUAAGCAAGCCCUGCAGCAGCUCCAGGCCCAGCUGGAGGAUUACAAGGAAAAGGCCCGACGGGAGGUGGCAGAUGCCCAGCGCCAGGCCAAGGAGUGGGCCAGUGAGGCUGAGAAGACCGCUGGAGGGCUAAGCCGGCUUCAGGAUGAGACUCAGAGGCUGCGGCAGGGCCUGCAGGCAUCCCAGGCUGAGCGGGACUCUGCCCGGCUGGACAAAGAGCUGCUGGUCCAGCGACUGCAGGGGCUGGAGCAAGAGGCAGAGAACAAAAAACGCUCCCAGGAUGACAGGAGCCGUCAGCUCAAGGGCCUUGAGGAAAAAGUCUCACGGCUGGAGGUGGAGUUAGAUGAGGAGAGGAGCACUGUGGAGCUGCUGACGGAUAGAAUGAAUCGUGGUCGGGACCAGGUGGACCAGCUGAGGACAGAGCUCAUGCAGGAGAGGUCUGCUCGGCAGGACCUGGAGUGUGACAAAAUCUCCUUGGAGAGACAGAACAAGGACUUGAAGAGCCGGCUGGCCAGCUCAGAAGGCUUCCAGAAGCCCAGCGCUAGCCUCUCUCAGCUUGAGUCCCAGAAUCGGGAGUUGCAGGAGCGGCUGCAGGCUGAAGAGAGGGAGAAGACAGUUCUGCAGUCCACCAACCGAAAACUGGAGCGGAGAGUUAAAGAGCUGUCCAUCCAGAUUGAUGAUGAACGACAGCAUGUGAAUGACCAGAAAGACCAGUUAAGCCUGAGGGUGAAGGCUUUGAAGCGGCAGGUGGAUGAAGCCGAAGAGGAAAUUGAGCGACUGGAUGGCCUGAGGAAGAAGGCCCAGCGUGAGCUGGAGGAACAGCAUGAGGUCAAUGAACAGCUCCAGGCCCGGAUCAAAGUCCUGGAGAAGGACUCCUGGCGCAAAGCUUCCCGCUCAGCUGCUGAGUCAACUCUCCAACACGAAGGGCUAAGCUCAGAUGAGGAAUUUGACAGUGUCUACGAUCCUUCCUCCAUCGCCUCACUGCUUACGGAGAGCAACCUGCAGACUAGCUCCUGUUAGCUCGUGGUCCACAAGGACCCAUGAACCACACCUGAGGCCUAUCCUGGCCAGUCCUGCUCUGCUCUGCCCAGCCUCAGAUUCCUCAUCCCUGUGGGGGACCCAGUCAUUCAGACCUAAGACAGGGAGGGGUGUGAGUGAAGGCGAUAAAAAAGGCAUCAGCACUAAGCCGGUAGACACAUUUUCCCUUUCCUGUGGAGGAGUGGGCAUUUUAGGCCAACUGAGCCCCCUCCUUAAGUGCCGACCCCCUCCUCUGCUCCCUCACAGCAGUAGGUUGGUCAGCAUAUAGGCUGAGGGGGAUUGAGCAGGAUAGGAAGGGAUAGAAAUUGCCAUGUAUAAUAAGCUUUAUUUCUUUAGCCCUUAACCCCAGGCUCAGGGAAAUACCCUAUGUGAUUCUGCCCCCUUGACUCUUGCAACUCAUUCAUUUCCUUCCCAUUCUGGCGCAGGGUAAGGGGAACAUUAUGGGUAAUGGACAUGCUGGCGUGGCUCUACCCACUUCUCAGAGGCUCUUCUUUGCACAGUCAUGGGGCCCAUGUGGUAGUCCCCACCUGUCUCCAUUCCUGUUUUUUUUUUUUUUUUUUUGCGGUACGUGGGCCUCUCACUGCUGCGGCCUCUCCCGUUGCGGAGCACAGGCUCCGGACGCGCAGGCUCAGCGGCCAUGGCUCACGGGCCCAGCCGCUCCGCGGCACGUGGGAUCUUCCCGGACCGGGGCACGAACCCGUGUCCCCUGCAUCGGUAGGCGGACCCCCAACCACUGCGCCACCAGGGAAGCCCUCCAUUCCUGUAUUUUUUGUCUUCCCCAGGCCAGGAUCCAAGGGAUCCUUUCUCCUCCUCUUCCCAUCUUUACCGUUUCUAUGUUCCUUCUUUCUUCUCAGUGCCUUAGCUGGGGUGAGGAGAUAAGGAUGCUCUUCUUGCCUUUUAUUACCUGCACAUUCAUACCUCUCCAAGGACCACCCUUUCCCCAACCGGGCCCUUCUGCCUUCCCUGCUGCCCCAAUGACUGGUCGAGAGACCUACCGGCUUCCUUGCCUAUGAGGCCCUGUGAGAGGGACUUUGGGAGGGCCGUGAUAAGGUGGCGGGGCUGCUUCUGCUCAGGGGUUCCAUCUUUCCUCCUCUCCCUCUGGGACUAUGGAUGUGCUUAUAAGAUGGUUGCACCUGGAACCCUGACAACUAUCUACACAAGUUUGAAAAGCAAAGGUUUUGGUCUCCGGGGCCUUAACUUGUGGUUUCUCUGAUCAGAUGUGCCCAAACUCAGUAGGGAACCGAGGGACCCUCAUUAUCUCAGGAGCUUGGACCUGAUACAGAGGGGCUAGAGGCUGACUCUUGGUAGAAAUGGGAAGAGGCAAUGGUGGACUUAUUCCUCCUUUGGGAUUUGGGGAGAGCCACGUUCUGGUGGGAGGAGGUAAGGGAGAUGAUUCACCUCUCUUAUUUUCUAAGCAGACUCUGUAAGAAGCCUAGAGGAGGGAGAAGCCUGUUCUCACCAAUGACUUGUAAUUUCAUGAUUUUAAAAAAUUUCCUUUAUUCUGCAAAUCAUAUAUUAUCUCCCAAUCCAA